UUCGGAGCCUGAAGCCAGCGCAGACAUGGACUUUGUUCACAGUCUUUUAGGGGACAACGCGUGGCUGUACAUCAGCGCCGCCUUUGCGGUGCUGUGGAUCGCGGCGUGGCUGUACAGAGACAGCCUGGAGAUCGAGGACGUGACCGACAAAUACGUCUUCGUGAGCGGCUGCGACUCGGGCUUCGGAAACCUGCUGUGCAAGAAGCUGGAGCGCAAGGGCUUCCACGUCCUGGCCGGCUGCCUCACCGAAAAGGGCGCCGAGGAGCUGAGGAAGACCACCGGGCCCUACUUGAAGACGGUGCUGCUGGACGUGAGCAGUCAGGACAGCAUCCAGAAGGCCAUGGAGUGGACCAAAAAGGAGGUUGGCGAACAUGGUCUGUGGGGUAUCGUAAACAACGCCGGGCGCUCUCUGCCCAUGGGCCCCACCGAGUGGAUGAGGGUGGAGGACUUCCACGCCACGCUGAAGGUCAACAUGAACGGCGUGAUCGGGAUGACCGUGACCUUCCUGCCGCUGGUCAAGAAGGCCCGCGGGCGGGUGGUGAACGUGGCGUCGGUGCUGGGCCGGGUGGCGGCGAACGGCGGCGGCUACUGCAUCUCCAAGUUCGGCGUGGAGUCUUUCUCCGACUGCCUCAGGAGAGAUAUCAACUACUUCGGGGUGAACGUGUGCAUCAUCGAGCCGGGCUUCUUCAAGACGGCCGUGACCAGCCUGGAGCCCAUCGAGAGUGAGUUGCACCGCUUGUGGAACCAGCUCAGCCCCGAAGUUCAGGCCAGCUACGGGGACAAGUACCUGGACAAGUACAUUCGGAUCCAGCGCUUCAUCAUGAACGCCAUCUGCGACUCGGACCUGACCAAGGUGACCUUCUGCAUGGAGCACGCGCUGACCGCCGUGUACCCUCGCACCCGCUACAGCGCCGGGUGGGACGCCAAGCUCCUGUGGAUCCCGCUGUCGUACAUGCCGGCCUGCGUGGUCGAUGUGGGGCUCAAACUGGUUCUGCCCCGGCCGUCCAAGAGUGUCUGACCGCUGAUCGUUUCAGCUGCCCUCCGUGGUGCCGGUGAUGCU